CGACAUAUAGCCCAUCGACAAGUAGCAAAAAAAACCUCUUUAAAACAGUUAGCUUAUCGAGCUGGUUGAAUCUGUCUAAAGAGUUUUAUUAUUUCAAUAAAUUAAACAAUUAAUACUGCCAGACUUUUAGGAUUGAAAGAGUAAGUUGUUUAUUAUUAUAAUAAGUAAUUUUCGGAUACUCAUUUCGAUUUAUUGACUUGCUACACGGAGAAGUCUUUUUAGCAGUUUAGGAGGUAUUGUGGUAAGAUAACAAUGAUUUUUCACAUUUGUUUCAUAUUAUUUGCCUAUGUAAAUGUUUUGGCAGAUGACGAGAAUGAUUAUAUUCAAGAGGUUGACAUUACAAACCAAUACAUCAUGGGUGCUGUUAAAGAUUUUGUUAUACAUGAAAGAAUGAAUGGAUUGGAGUUUACAGUUAAAAGAAUUGUCCGAGGAAAUAAAUAUUCGUUCGAGAAAAUGAAUUUUAUGUUGGCAGUGCCGGAUCAAUUAUUAUUUCAAACCCUCGAUAAAUGCAUAUCAUCCGAGAAAAGUUUGCAAAAAGAAAUAAUUACUGCCUUGCGUCACGACAGGCCUUCGGCCACUGGAGUUGAUGACAUUUUUGUUCUUGGAGAUGAAAGAAGAAAAUUAGUUAGAAGAGCUAUAAAAAAUCUGUUCUUUUACGAUAUGUUUCUGAAAUACGACGUAAACUAUAGUUUGACGCAGAAAUGUCAUUUAAUUGGAUUGGCCACGAGUACAAAAAAUCCACUAAGUUACACAGAAAACGCUGUAGUGGAUAAUGAUGGUGUUUGUGUCAUGAAUAGUAUAUUUGGCACCGUCACCAAGUACAAAGAGUUUGAAAAUCAAUUUUGGGAAGUAGAACCGGAUCAAGUGGAUGAAAAAAAGGAAAGACUUCUAUGUCAGUUAGAAUAAUUUAAAUCAUGAAGCUAAUGAAUUCAUUUACAAUCAAUUUUGGCUUUAGUAAUUAAUACAUUAGUUACAUAAGAGGCACUGUUGUUAUUUUAUUUAAAUAAUUGUUUGUUUAGGUACCGCACUAAUAUACAUAUUGUCAAAUAAUAUAAAGUAUUUUAUAAUAAACAGUUUUGUCUA